AUGCCCUCGACAAAGCCAGAUGACGCGACGCUACGGCAGCUCGUCGCUUUCCACACCGUCAACAUCUCGCUCGGGCUCGUGUGCAGCGUGUUGGCGCUGAUCCUGAUCUUUGUCUUUUGCACGAGCACAAAGAUGGUGCGCCGAAACCGGCUUCUAUUCACCCUGGCGCUGGCCGAUUUUUGCAACUGCUUGGCCAUCGCGCUGAUGGGCGUGGAUCGGGUGACGCUAUAUGAGGACCUCCUUGAGGGCGGCGAAGCGACGGAGAAACGAGCCGCCGAAUGCGCCACCGAGUUCUGGCUGCUCUUUCGCACGAUAGGCGACCUCUGGCCCCCAAUUGUGCAGACAAUGAUCGGCCUGGAACAGCUGCUGAAGGUCUGUUCACGGCACUACAACGAAAAUAGGUCACGCCACUUCCAAAUCUUCACCAUCCUGUUUGUUGUCUGGGCGUCGAGCCUCGGCUACGCUACGGCCUACGGGCGAAGGAAUGAAAAGGUGAAAUACUUCUGCGGCCGGAAGGCGUCGUUCGGCAAGGUGUUCUCCGUAUUUAUCUACUUUCACAACGUGUUCGGCUACGUGGCGGGGCUGGUGAUGAACGUCACAGCGUAUGCGGUGGCAAGCGGCCAUGGGCACAAGACCGACGCAAAAAUCGCAGAUGAGCCCGAUGACAGAAUCAGCCCGUCGGCCCAUCGCCAGAUGCAAGUAUGUAUCAUCGUAUCUUCUCUGUCCACGAUGCUCGUUUCCUUGCCCAAUUGCCUCUCCGUCAUCUCGGCCGUGAAUAUUGCGAUGUCCGACUACAUCACGAAGCCGGCUGUCUACGCCACGUGCAUCAACUCGGGGAUCAACAUUUUUGUCUACUUCGCUUUGAACCAGGAAUUCAGACGAGUCUGCGUAUACUUGCUGACGCGUGAGAAGCCAAGCCCGGCGCCCAGCUCGGGGCAGACGGCCGAAGAUGAAGUGGAAGAAGAAUGGGCCGAGCAGAGCACCGCCAUCACUGCCACUCAAUCACAUCAUAAGCUGAUGGAU